AUGACCGAGUUCCUUAGGGAAUUGCCUAAGUGUGAACAUCAUGUACAUUUAGAAGGCACAUUAGAACCUUCAUUAUUAUUUCAAUUGGCUAAAAGAAAUAACAUUACGCUUCCAGCCCAAUUCCCAGAAUCUCCUGAAGCAUGCAUUGAAAGAUAUAACAAUUUUGCUGAUUUACAAGAUUUCCUUGACCAUUACUACAUUGGGAUGUCUGUUCUUUUGCAUGAGAAUGAUUUCUAUGAUUUGGCCAUGGAAUAUUUCACAAAGGCUCACAGUGAUGGAUGUUUGCAUUCUGAAGUAUUCUUUGACCCCCAAGGACACGUCGAAAGAGGAAUUGACAUAGAAACCGUAGUUGCUGGAUUUGAUAGAGCUUGUAAACAAGCCAAUAAUCAAUUCGGUACCACUAACAAAUUGAUCAUGUGUUUGUUAAGACACUUACCUGCAGAAGCAGGCAUGCAAACUUUACAUUCAGCUAAACCAUUCUAUGAAAAGGGCAUUAUCCAUGGGUUAGGUUUAGAUAGUGCAGAGAAACCUUUCCCACCUCAUCUCUUUGAAGAAUGUUAUUUAUUUUUAAAGGAGUCUUUCCCACAAGUGGGUUUAACUGCCCAUGCUGGUGAAGAAGGUGAUCAUACUUAUGUUUCCAACUCAAUGGACUUAUUAAAGGUUACUCGUAUUGAUCAUGGUGUUCAAUCUCAAAACUCCACGGAGUUGAUGGCCAGAUUGGCCGAAUCUAAGACCAUGCUUUCCAUGUGCCCUUUAUCAAAUGUCAAAUUACAAGUGGUUAAAGAUGUAAGUGAAUUACCUAUUCGGACUUUCCUUGAGAAUGAUGUUCCCUUCUCUCUCAACUCCGACGAUCCAGCAUAUUUCGGUGGCUACAUCCUCGAUAACUACGUAACUGUCCACACCAGAUUCGGAUUCACGGUGGAUGAAUGGAAGAAGAUCGUGGUUGCCGGUAUUAACGGUUCAUGGUGUGAUGAAACCAGAAAGAACCAAUUGUUAGCUCAAGCCGAGGCAGUGGUGGAGAAAUACAGACAAUUAAUAUAG